AUGGCGUCUGAAACUGCUGUUUCCACUCUCACGAUGCCAAAGCGGGUGGACUUCCCGCCGCUUGCUGGUGAUCCAGUCAGCCCGGAGACCUGGAAGACACUGAUGGCUAUCAUGGACGCUGUUGCCCCCUCGGUUCAGCGAACAGACUCUCUUCCGUCUAACUUGACCGACCAUGCAAAGGGUUCAACUGUCAACCUCUCCAAGGAAGAGUACGAAGCUUCAUUGGCAUCGUUGAGGCAGUAUGCCGCCCCAUCAGAAGACGGGCUGAAGCAGCAAGACCUGUUCGAGGCCUACCUUGCUGAGAGGCCAUCGGAGAAUCCAGUGCUUGAGACGGUGCUCAAAAACAUCCUCUCAAACAUCCCGCCGGCCAAAAAGCGGAAGUUGGAGAUGGUUUUGUCGCUUCUGGGACGGUUCGCUGACAGAGACUACGGUUACCACUACAGCACCCGCGGCGGCAGUCUCCUCCUAACCGGCUACAUCACCCCUCUCUCCUCGCUCUCCAUCUCGGACCGCACCAAGAUCCUGCACUCCUGGCGCACCAGCGCCCUCUACGCUCUCCGGGGACUCUUCAAUACCUUCACCAGCGUCGGCAAGCUCGUCCACGCCCGCACGAGCGCUUACCACUCACCUCUAACCGGCUUCCCCACCACCCCUCCCUCCUGGGUCGCCAACGCUUCCUUUCCCUACGAAUUCCUCGACUUCUCGUCUGCCUCUUCAUCUCCCGGCAGCAAGGCCGGCACCAUCGAAAUCGACACCGACAUAGUCAUCAUCGGCUCCGGCUGCGGCGCCGGCGUCGUCACGCACCGACUAGCCAGCACCUUCGGCCGCAACCUACGCGUCCUGGUCCUCGAAAAGGGCCGCCACUUCGACGCCUCCCACUUCCCGCUCUCACAAGAGGUCGGGCUCUCGUCGCUGAUGGAAGGCGGCGGGGUGAUCGAGACCGAAGACGGCAGCAUCACGGUCACGGCGGGCGCGUGUUUCGGCGGCGGCGGCACGGUCAACUGGAGCGCGAGCCUGCAAACGCAGCACUUUGUGCGGAAAGAAUGGGCGCAGGACCGGAAGCUGCCGUUUUUCGAGACCGAGGCGUUCCAGGCUUGUCUUGAUCGUGUGUGGGGGGUCAUGGGCGUUUCAGACCAAAAAGUGGUGCCGAAUCAUGGGAAUAAGGUGUUGUUGGAGGGGGCGAGGAAACUUGGGUAUCAGGCGAGGACGGUGCCGCAGAAUUGUAGGGGGGAGGCGCAUGAGGAUGGACAUUGUGGGAUGGGGUGCUGGAGGGGGGAGAAGAUGGGGCCGGUUAAUGGGUGGUUUCCGGAGGCAAGGAGGAGGGGGGAGGUGAAGUUUGUGCAGGGGAUGAAGGUUGAUAGGGUUCUGUUUGGGAAGAAGAGGGAGGGGAGGAAGGGGAAGAAGGUGGCGGUGGGGGUGAGUGGGACGUGGACUUUACCGGCUGGCCCUGGGGGAGGUGGGAAGAGUGUUAAGGUGGUGGUGAAGGCGAAGAAGGUGGUUGUUAGUGCUGGUGCGCUUUGGAGCCCGGUGGUGUUGAUGAAUAGUGGGAUUUCGAACCCUCAUCUUGGGAAGAACUUGAAGCUGCAUCCAUGCAGCUUUGUCACGGCUGUGUUUGAGCACGAGACCAAGCCCUGGGAAGGUGGCUGUCUCACGUCCGUGGUCAACAGUUUCGAGAACCUCGACGGCAAAGGUCACGGCAUCAGGAUCGAAGCCCUCUGCAUGCUUCCCGUCUUCGCCCUCACCUUCCUCCCCUGGGCUUCCGGACUCGACUACAAGCUCCUGGCAGCCAAGUACCGGCACCUCAAUACCUACUUCAGCAUUGCUCGCGACCGCGACAGCGGGCACAUCUACCGCGAUCCCGAGAUCGGAACUCCCCAGGUCGUGUACACGCCCUCGGAAUAUGACAGGGGCAACCUCCUGGUGGGAACCGUCGCCCUGUGCAAGAUCCUUUACGUUCAAGGCGCGAAGGAGAUCCAUCCGUCGCUCCCCGGCUUCCGGCCCUUCAUUCGGUCUUCUACUACCUCCCCAACGUCGUCGCCUAGCUCUAGCGACUCCCUCACCGACAUGGACAAAGCCAUCACCGACCCGGCAUUCCUCGCCUGGCUUGACGACCUCAAGGCCCACGGCAACAAGCCGCCCGCGACAACGUUCGCGUCAGCCCAUCAGAUGGGAACCUGCCGCAUGGGCGCGACGGCGAGCGAAGGCGUGGGGAAGGGUGUGGGGUACUGA